AUGCUUCGUCUGAAUGGUUCUAACGAAUAUAUAAAUCAAGAUCAAUUAGAAGAAUAUCAGUCUAUAUUAGACAAUUUCUGGAAUGGUUCUAUAAGUUGGACUGAACAAGUGAAUUCUUGGACUGAACUGACUUUUAUCGGAACGGAUAUUUGGUUAUAUGGAAUCUCAGGUCCAUCUUACGGUAAAACACAAGCUAUAAUAGAUGAUCAGAGUCAAGGGGAAUACGAUCAAUAUCAAAAUGAAAUCGAUCAUCAUCGUUUACUAUACGAGAAACACGAUUUACGAGAUCAAGAACACAAGCUGAGAUUGAUAAAUGUCCAACAAGGUAGGAGGAUGGCAUUUGAUUAUGCUAUAAUACAAAGUGAUGUGAUAUCUGAUGAUGACAAUAAUGACAGUGAAUCAACAGAUGCCAUGCAACUGAUACCAGAGGCAAAUUCACAGCCCUCAUCAGCAACUCAGACCAUCUCUGAAACAACUGACGUAUCAACAGAAAGCUCAUCCUCAACUGAACCAACGAUUACUGAACCUGCGUUAGCUGCAGCUCAAAUCACUCCAUCCCACUCAUCGUCAAUCCAAUCACUUCCUCAACCGCUAAAUACGACUUCCUCAAUAACGAAUUCCAAUACCUCCAAUCUCAACGAUACAUCUUCACCUCAAACUCAGGCUCAAGCAGAAGCUCAAGCCGUGGCUUCUUCAGCGGCGCUAGCAGCUCUUCUACCAACUCAGUAUUCUGCAUCUCAGCUGUCUACCCUCAAAGUGCCAUAUCAAUUUCACUGGAACCCGGCGGCGUAUUUCGUGGUGAUAUUCUCUUCAUUUGUACUUGUCCUUUUCCUACUGUUCAUCACUCAUAUGAUAUUGAGAUAUUGGUUGAAAAGAUCAGGUCGGAUAAAUGAUGGACCACAAGGAGAUUAUACGUCAGGUCGCAAUAAAAGACACAGUCCACUGUUGGAUGCUCUUCAUGGAAGAAGGAUUGGAAGUCCGAUGAAUCCUCUGAAAAAUGGGAACGCCAAUGGAUCAAUAAGUGAUGAGGCAGAAGACGUCACGAACGGAUGGUAG